AUGGCGUCAGCACACCACCUCCUCGAGCUUCCGCGGCCCAAGAAGUUCUUCCAGAAAAUGUCGCUGCGUACCGGAGCCGAGAUCAUCACUUUUCUCCAAGUAAUAAAUAAAGUGUCCGGCCUGUACGGCCUUCUCGCCCUUUUGACAGGCGCCGCUAUCGACGGAUGGCAGCUGUCAAUGUACCUCUACUCUACCGUCCUUCUCUUUGUUACCGUAUACCUCUACAAGCACAUCCGGCUACAAAGUCCCUUCGAGACCGUUUUACUCGCACACCUAUACGCACUCGACUCCGUUGUGAACGCCCUGUAUACCGCUUUCUUCGGCGUACUGUGGUUCUACACGCUUGCAAACCACCCCGGCGAUUCGAAAAGCUCGGCUGCACCUGGCAUGGCUGAGAAUGCUGGAUUCACUAGCCCCAAAUACAACGUCAGCCACGUAGAUGUGGUGGUGGAGCCUGCAGGUGGCGUCAAAGCAGGACAGAAUGCUAUCGCAGUUGGAAAGGGUACAGCGAAUGGCUCCGCAGGCCUCGGAGAUGUGGUCUUCCAAAGCGGGAGCAUCAUGAGCAUCGCUUUCAUUACCGGUGUCUGGGUCCUCCGUGUCUACUUCGUCUUCGUUAUGCUCGCAUUCGCGCGACAAUGUCUUCGCCAACACAUUACCGCCAAUUCGUCCUCCGCAGCGUGGUACAACUCUACCAACGCUUCGCCUGAUUUCGCUGAAAAUCCCUUCGAGGAAGGCAAGCAAGAUGGCUAUGGAAUCAGGGGCAAGAUUGGUCGUGUCAUGCUAAGCGGUGCCCCCUCAUAUUGGUUGGGCGCAGAUGAGGACGAGACAUGGAUGAAGGGUGUUGGAGGAAAGUUUAGAAAGAGCACGCAACUGGAGGCCCCCCUUGGCAUAGGAGAGCGUGAGAGGCGGAGGAGAAGCGGGACUGGUCCACCUGCCCCGCCAAAAGAUUUGGCAGCAAAGCCCGCGGCUCCACUUGAAGUACGAUGA